AUGAGGUCGCGGACUUCGGCUGUCUGCGUCUCUUCAUGCCUGCUGUUAUGCCUUUUCGCCUUUUUGAAUGAUUCAUUUGUCUCAAGUACGAGGCCGCCACAGCGUUAUGGAGCCAGCCUCCUCACCAUGCCCUCCUGGGGCGCAUCACUGCAGCGGCCUCAGCAAGUGGCUAUGCAUAGAAAACUCGAAUAUUCUUUUGCAGACAGACAAGAAGGCUCCCCUGAAGGCUUCGAAAGCUCCCCUCCAGGACUAGACCUUCAGGAAGAAGCAAGGAUGCCCCCGGAAGAGCCACAGGGGACUCAAGCCUCAGGCACCUGGAGCCGAGCCGGCACCAACAGCUCAUCCCAGCAAGCCAAGAAGCAGCAGCUCAAGGGGAGGCUUCAGAGGCUGCGGGUGGCCCUGGGCAACAUGAAAAGAAGGGCUAGAGAAAGAAUCAGGAAAUUCUGGCAAGGAAUUAAGAGGGGAGCCGCGAGGGUAAAGGCCGGGGCGCGCCGGGCAGCCCAAGCCAUCUACAGAAGAAUACCGAAACUCCGCAGAAAAGGCAGAGAAGCAGCACCAACUGCUGAAGCAAUACAGCCCGCAGCGGCGGCUUCCGCGGGAUUAGCGGGGCUGGGUUUGGCUGCUGCUGCAGAGCCUCAAGGGGCAGAAGGCGGAGCUGCUGCAGCAGAAGCAGCUGGGGGGCCCUCUGAGGGUGAAACCACUCCAUCUAUGGAGUCGAUUUCUCGGUCUUUGUCUACGAAAAUGCGGGAAUUGAAGGAGAGACAAGCAGAGCCGCCGACAAGAGCUCCUUCUGGCGAGGAGUCUGAAGAGGAGUUCUUCGAGGCUCUUUCACCGGAGGAGUACCGACAGCGGUACAAGUCUGAAGGCGCUGCUGCUGCUGCGCCCGCUGCUGCUGCCCCUGCUGCUGCUGCCCCCGCUGCUGCUGCUGCGGCCGUGCCGGAGGACUGUCCCAUGUUUCUGCUGCGGCUGAGUCGAAAUCUGCUGUGGAUAAACGAGAGCUUGCCCGAGCUGUGCGCGCUGUGGAGCCUGUUCAUGCGCCUGCCGAACCUGACGAGGUACCGAAGCACUCAGGAUCUCGCGCUGGCCGUUUCGAAACAAGUCACUGCGGCGAAGCAGCUGAGUCCCGCAGACAAGAGCUUCGCAGCCACGAAGCUGCGGGUCACUGCGGCUUUGGCUCGCGCUGAAGACGCCGUGGCCCGGGCUGGGAAGUACACUGACGACGUCUGCUGGUUCACAAGACCCGAAGCCAUCAUGCGCAUGUUGAACGCGGACGAGGAGAUGGUGCUGAACGAGGCCAGCAAGAACUACAUGAGCUUCCUCCGCGACCCCAACACGUUUUUCCAAGGACUCAUGCGCAUCAUGAACUUGGCCCAGGCAGACGCUGUCCCCUGUUUGGAGAGGGCCAACGAAGAAGUCAAAGCGCGGCAGCAGCUCCAACACACGCUGCGGACUCAGGAGGACACUCUCAGGAAGGCGAUGCAGAGCCAACGCCUCAGUGUUCAAGACCAACAGGAGGGCAGCGAAGCCCUGCGCGACCUCAGGCUGCUGGCCAGUAGGGAAUUUUGUUCGCUCGAAAUCCUUCAUUUGAUAACGGCCCACACCGUAAGCAUCAAAGCUUUCAUUGCGGACUACAAGGCAAAUGGAAGGCGCUGGUGGAAAAUGCAGUGGCCCAUCAAGCUCGCGGGAAUCAUGACUCCCUCCAGGGGGUCCAAGGCCGUGCCGCCGGCCGUCGCCAAAGGGUGCAAAGCCUAUGAAAGCAGCAAACCGCCCACUAAUGUCAGUGAGGUUUCGGAUUUCCUGGAGUGGAUGUGGGAAGUCGCGCUGCUCAGGAGUGAAAAGGAUCAGCAGUAG